UCCCUCACGUCACAUUCAGCUCUGACUGAAACCGCGGCGGACCUGCAGCCACCACGUCUUGGAAUACGACCAUGAAAUUGCUUCAGGCUUCCGAGGACGCAAGAGCCAACAGAAGGAGUCUCAAACCUCAGGUGGAGAGACGCCGACGGGAGAGAAUGAACCGCAGCCUGGAGAGGCUGAAGGCCCUCGUAAUACAGCAACAGGAAGCGUCUCCGCGCAGAGUGGAGAAAGCGGAGAUCCUCGAGCACACGGUCCUCUUCCUGCAGAACAGCUCCGAAAGAAACCAAGCGAGAGCUGAUAGCGGAGGCGGAGGUCAGCAGCAAUCUUUCCGAGACGGCUUCUCCACGUGCCUGCGGAGGGCUGCUCACUUCCUGGGACCUGAGGGGAAAGGCCUGUGGCUCGGAGCGGCACUGGACGCGUCUCUCGCCGCUCGCUCUUCCCAUUCAGACUCUGCAGGCGCACGGAGACGAGCCGCAGCUAGUUGCUCUUCCUCCUCCUCCUCCUCCUCCUCCUCCUCUGGUCCCCUUCUCCUCAGAGAUUCCUCCAGGUCUAUUCUUCGGUUGUUGAUACAGAGAUCCGGGUACAGGCUGCGCAUGCCGGCCCGCGACACCGUACAACAAAGUGGUCAGACCAGCGGGGGGCCACAAAGCUGUGCCACAUCGACCCCCCAGCAGGCGCGCAAAGGCACGAGUCAAGCGAGCAAACAGAGCCCGCCGGUCGGCCAGUCGGGGAGCCGGUCCAUGUGGAGGCCCUGGCCCUGAUCCGCCGCACCUCAAAAACUUGAACUUUUGAAUGACACGAAUAUGCCGGUUUAAUCCUCCACAAAAGGAGAGCGUGUGUCGUUCACGUGACUUUCCACGAGGGCACGUGUCAGGCCUCCUGCUUUCUGCAGAGGACGUUAUAAUUGUAGAUACUGUAAAUCUAUUGAAAGCACGCCAAGUGCUGCUACGGCCGACGACAGGCCGACUCGUGUUCAUCGUGUCCCAUAUGUCGCAUUUUUUUGCACCUUAAUAUAUUGUAUUUGUCAUUUGCAAAUAAACAAAAGGAAAAAUCCCCAAA